CGCGAGAGCUGGCGGCGGUGCCUGGCCUGGCGGAGCGGCGGCGGGAGGCGGCCGCGCCGGAGUCGGUGAGUGCGGGCGGCCGGGGGCGGCCGGCGGGCCUUUGGCACACUUCAGCUCCCUUCAGCUCCCUUCAGCCCGGCAUCCCGAGCCUCCCGCCGGCCGGGCCUGCGCCGGUUCCCCUGCUGCAGAGCCUUUAGGAUCGGAAGGGGUCCCCGGAGAUCCCCCGCUCCGGGGCGCGGCGGGGUCAGGCGGAGCAGGUGGCACCGGAGCGAGUGCAGGUUGUGAGUGCUGCAUGUGUGCUUUUCAGAGCAGUAGUGUGAGGAAGCUGGCAGUGGAAUGGCAGGACGGCCUCAUCCUUAUGACAGUAACUCCAGUGAUCCAGAGAAUUGGGAUCGGAAAUUGCAUAAUAGACCUCGUAAACUUUGUAAACAUUCAAGCACCUCAUCCCGUGUUGCUAAAGGAAUAGACUACACCAAAAUGAGCCUCCAUGGUGCGAGUGGUGGACACGAGAGAUCGAGGGACAGGCGCAGGUCCAGUGACAGAUCUCGUGACUCGUCCCACGAAAGAGCAGAGUCUCAGCUCACUCCGUGCAUCAGGAAUGUCACUUCACCCACAAGGCAGUAUCAUUCUGAUCGGGAGAAGGAUCACAGUUCGUCUCGGCCCAGCAGCCCCCGGCCCCAGAAGACAUCCCCCAAUGGUUCAGUUGUCAGCAUGGGCACCAGCAGCAGGAACAGCAGCCAGUCCAGCUCAGAUGGCAGCUGCAAGGCUGGUGGGGAAAUGGUGUUUGUGUAUGAAAAUGGCAAAGAGGGAGCUCGGAACGUCAGAACUUCCGAGCGAGUAACGCUCAUCGUGGACAACACCAGAUUUGUUGUAGAUCCUUCCAUCUUCACUGCACAACCUAACACGAUGUUGGGCAGGAUGUUUGGAUCAGGCAGAGAACACAACUUUACACGGCCCAAUGAAAAGGGAGAGUAUGAAGUUGCUGAAGGAAUUGGUUCCACUGUGUUUCGUGCUAUUCUGGAUUACUACAAGACUGGGGUGAUACGCUGUCCUGAUGGGAUAUCUAUUCCUGAGCUGAGAGAAGCGUGUGACUAUCUCUGUAUCUCCUUUGAGUAUAGUACCAUAAAAUGCAGAGAUCUGAGUGCUCUGAUGCAUGAAUUGUCAAACGAUGGUGCUCGCAAGCAAUUUGAGUUUUACCUGGAAGAAAUGAUUCUGCCAUUAAUGGUAGCCAGUGCCCAAAGUGGGGAGAGGGAGUGCCACAUCGUUGUGCUGACAGAUGAUGAUGUUGUUGACUGGGAUGAAGAGUAUCCCCCCCAGAUGGGAGAGGAGUAUUCACAAAUCAUUUACAGCACAAAGUUGUACAGAUUCUUCAAAUACAUUGAAAAUAGAGACGUGGCCAAAUCGGUUCUGAAGGAAAGGGGGCUCAAGAAGAUCCGACUGGGCAUCGAAGGUUACCCCACGUACAAGGAGAAGGUGAAGAAGCGGCCGGGCGGGAGGCCGGAGGUGAUCUAUAACUACGUGCAGCGGCCGUUCAUCCGCAUGUCCUGGGAGAAGGAGGAGGGCAAGAGCCGGCACGUCGACUUCCAGUGCGUCAAGAGCAAAUCCAUCACCAACCUGGCGGCGGCGGCCGCCGACAUCCCGCAGGACCAGCUGGUGGUGCUGCACCCCACGCCGCAGGUGGACGAGCUGGACAUCCUGCCCAUGCAGGCCGGGCCCGGCAGCAGCGAGCUGGAGGCCGAGGGCCAGAACCCCCCGCUCUGAGCGCGCUGCCCCGCACAAGCAUGCUCCCUGCAGUGCCCUGCCCGCCGUGCCGCAAUGCCCCGCGUCUCUCCCCGCUCCGUGCCGCUCUCCAGGAUGCGGAGGGGCCCCGGGGAUGCUCGGGGAGGAGCGGGCUCCGGCGCUGGGCUCGCUGUCUGUGUUUGCCCCUGGGUUUGUGACCUUGGUGACUCGUGAGCCGGCCUGGCCCCGCCGCCGGGGCACGGGGCUCGGCCAGCGCGGUGGGAAUUGAUAGUAGCACUUUACAAAUGGUUGAGAAAUGGAAUUUGAAGCCAUUUUUUAUAAAUGUAUUGCACAAUACUAACAAAAGUGCUUCUAUCAAAGGUAUUAACUGUACAUAGUUUUGCUCUGAAUAGAUUGACCCUUUUAAAGUUAUUGUAUAUGGUUGAGCACAAAACUACUUACUCUUGGGUUUUUGGAUUGAGGACGUGAUUCAAUGACCCGUGCAACAUCUUGUCCGAGUUCUUCAGUGAAUUUUUUCACUCGUUUGCAGCGUGAGCCAUGUUCAAAAAUUGUGAACAACGGACAGGGGCUUUAUCUUAAAUUUUGCCUUACCUUAAGCUGUUCACAAAUAUUUAUUUAAUACAUUUUUCAUAAGUGUCAUGAGAUAGGAAAAUGCAAAUGGUUCAUUCUUCAUUUAUUAAUGAUCGUAAACAAGUUUUUCAUGCAAAUAAAGUUUCCAUUAUUUUAAUGGCCUUGAAUUAUCUG